AACCUCUUGACUGUUGUUACUCUUCGAUGUGGAGACUCACCGGCCUGCCGACGUGGCGGGGCGGAAGAGGAGCCGUCGGCUGGUACCAAACGGAUCACGAUGUCACAGUCUGCCCCGUCUGAUGCAGAGAGUCUCCCUCCACCUGGACUGACCACGCACUCUGACCUCAGCUGUGGGCACGAUGUCCCUGAAGACCCCGCAGCGUCCGCCGAAACCCAGCAGCCUUCACAGAUCCCCGAGAGUGCCCUGCAGACCACCGACGUGGCGACCGAGGACACCGGAGACACCCUAACUUCCUCCGAGAGUCAUCUGAAGUGUGACGGUCAUCUGACUGAAUGUGACCAAUCAGUGAGCCUGGAGCCAGAUGCAACAGAGGAGGAGAAGGAUCAGGAGAGCUCACGUCAAGCUUGGGGAGGUUGGGGUUCAUGGGGAAAAUCCCUCCUGAGCAGCGCCACCUCCACAGUGGGUCACAGUCUGACGUCGGUCAAGGUGAAGGCAGGAGAAGCUCUGCGUCUCCACAGGACCUCCGUGGGGGAGGAGGCCAGAGAGGAAGAGGAGGACACAACAGAGGAGAAGCCGGAGGGAAGAGGGGAGAGCGACCAGCUGUCAGGUCAUGAAGAGUCGACCACGACCAGCGCUGUGGCCUCCAACAGGGGCGUCUUCUCUGCUAUCUCCAAUGUUGUACAGAACACGGGUAAAUCUGUGAUCAGCGGUGGCCUAGAUGCACUGGAGUUCAUUGGAAAGAAGACCAUGACCGUUCUGGCUGAGAGCGAUCCGGGUUUCAAAAAGACCAAGACACUGAUGCAGAAGACCGCCUCGCUGAGCCAGAUGUUGAAGGAAGCCAAGGAGAAGGAGCGAGCACGUCUGAGCAACCAGCCCAUCAGCGCACCGACGGCUCAUUAUGGGAUUCUUUUUGAUGACUACCAGGGCUUGUCCCACCUGGAGGCUCUCGAGAUCCUGUCCAACGAAAGUGAGGCCAAGGUCCAGGAGUACCUCUCCUCCCUUGAGGAAGAAGAGCAGGAGGAGGUGAAGAAGGAGCUUAUUUUCAUCAAGGAUAUCUUCAUCAAGAGAGAAGAGGAAAAGGAAGAGGAGGCUGGGAAUGAAGAGCAGGCGAAAGAGGCUGAUCAAGUAGACGAAGAGUUUAUGAGUGUUCUGACUGAGUUGCUGUUUGAGCUUCAUAUUGCUGCUACGCCGGACAAACUCAAUAAGGCUCGGAUCAGCGCCCACGAGUGGGUGAGCAAGGUGGAACGGCCUGUCACUACGGAGACAGUUGGCAGGGAGACGCGGGAGCAGCCUGGGGGGGAGCAGGGAGAGGAGGGGGAAGAUGGAUUGGCUAAGGAGGAGAAGAGGGAGGAGGAGCAGGAGGAAGAGGAAGCAAAGUUGGAGGAGGACGGAUUCAAAUCUGUGGAGGCUGUCUACAUGUCGUCAGUGGGCAGCCUGGCGGAAGUGACAGCCCGGAGUAUUGAGCAGCUCCACAAGGUGGCAGAACUCAUCCUACAUGGCCAAGAGCAAGAGCAGGAGAAACCAGCAAGGGAUCAGGCACAUGUCCUCACCAGGUUGACAUGCGCCAUGUGUAAGGAGGUGGAGUGUUUGGCCGGAAAGUUCUCUGAUACGCUGCUCCUUGUUGGGUGUCAGAGGAAAGCUGAGGAGCUCAGUCCGCUGAUUGAAAGCGUGCUGCUGGAGGGCUCCAACAGUACCAACUACAUCCAAAAUGCCUUUCAACUUCUGCUGCCUGUCCUGCAGAUCUCCCAUAUCGAGAGUCAACGCUGCACAACAUGCACAGAACCAGCAGCACAUGUGCAGCACUAACACACACGCGCACGCACACAAUAUUGUACAGAAAGGGUAAAGAAAUUCCACA